AUGUACAGAGCUGCGUUUCAGCAGCUUCUCUGCAGGUUCAAAACCUUCUAUAACAUCCCGCCUCCAACUGCACCCGGACGUCCGCAGAGACUACGCUAUCACCGCCAAGUGCUAUGCCUCGUGUUUAGCUUUUAUUUAAGCCCCACGGAGCAAACCACUCUGUGCUUGGUCUUCGGAGUGCCUCCGAGCACUCUGUCAAGGACGCUGUACAAGGCCGUAGAGGUGCUGACAUCGACGCUAAAAAACUACGUCCCUACUCGCAUAUCGCGGCCAUCACCAGCACGUCAGGUGAAGCUGGAGCGUCUAGUUGAGGCACGCAAGCCCUUCUGGCGCACACGUUUGGCUUAA